UGCAAUAUAUGAUGCACGGACUUGCCAUACGUUAAUGGAACAACUGACGUCAUUCAGCACUAGCAUGACUAACAAGUUGAUAGGGACAGCCACACAGACAUGUCUGUGGAGCGCAGACACAGCGCUACGUAGAGGUUAUCCUCUCGCUCUCAGACAGGGAAUGUGAGUCUUUAGUUGACGUCUGAGGUGAUCAUGGAGGAUGAGGGCAGACCUCUGCUGAGCUCCCAGUACACCGGAGAGACCUACUCCAACCGAGGAUCCACCGACUCCCUGGACUGCAAAGUCAAACGGCCGUUCCACGUGGAGCCCCGCAACAUCGUAGAUGAUGAUCCUCAGAAGAGAAUCUCUGCUGAGGCCGCCAUCCUCAACAGCAGAGUCCAUUACUACGGCAGACUUACGGCCUCCUCUGAUAUGCUCUUGAGUCCUCCGAAUCAUGUGAUCCCCCUGAACGAGGAGCUCUACGUCUAUAGUCCUCUUGGGACCGCGUUCAAAGUGCCAGAUGGGGACUCUGCCUCUAAAAACCCCAGUAUUGUUACGAUCUUUGCUAUAUGGAACACAAUGAUGGGCACAUCCAUACUCAGUAUACCGUGGGGGAUUAAGCAGUCUGGUUUCACUUUGGGGAUCCUCAUCCUCAUUCUCACAGGCCUGCUUAUGCUGUACUGCUGUUACAUCGUCAUCAAGUCCCCCAAGGCGAUACCCAACGAGGACACGUCCAGCUGGGAAUUUCCCGAUGUUUGUAGAUUCUACUUUGGAAAGACUGGCCAAUGGUCCAGCUUGUUGUUCUCCAUGGUGUCCCUUAUUGGUGCCAUGGUGGUUUACUGGGUCCUCAUGUCCAACUUCCUGUACAACACUGGGCAGGGUAUCCAGAACUUUGUACACAACAUCAGCACGUCCGAUUCAGAGUUUGGAACCAACGGCUCAGACCGAGUCAUUUGUCCAUUCCCAAAAACCAACCCAGAAGGAAAUGACACCACCUGCACACUUCGUCUCAGCAGCGUUGGGAAUUCGUCUGACCCGGGUGCUUUUGAGCACUACUGGAGUAAAACCCGCACCGUCCCGCUCUACCUCAUCGUUCUGCUGCUGCCUCUCCUCUGUUUCCGCUCAGCUUCCUUCUUUGCAAGGUUCACCUUCUUUGGCACCAUAUCAGUUGUCUACCUGAUUGUUUUGGUCACGAUUAAAGCUGUCCGCCUCGGCUUCCACCUGGAGUUUCACUGGCUGGACACGUCCCAGUUCUUCGUACCAGAGUUCAGACAGUUUUUUCCAAACUUUACUGGGAUCCUCACUCUGGCCUUCUUCAUUCACAACUGCAUCAUCACACUAAUGAAGAGCAAUAAAAACCAAGACAACAACGUGCGGGACCUGUCUGUGGCAUACCUCUUAGUAGGGCUGACGUACCUGUAUGUGGGGGUGCUGAUUUUUGCUGCCUUUCCAUCACCUCCACUCUACAAGGACUGCAUAGAACCUAACUUCUUGGAUAACUUCCCCAGCAGUGACGUGUUGGUGUUUGUGGCUCGAUUCCUUCUGCUGUUCCAGAUGAUCACGGUCUACCCGCUGCUGGGAUACCUGGUACGGGUCCAGAUUAUGGGUCAGCUCUUUGGGAACCACUAUCCCAGUUUCCUUCACAUCCUCAUACUGAAUAUCUUCAUUGUUGGAACUGGUGUCGCAAUGGCAAUGUUUUAUCCCAAUAUCGGAUCAAUCAUACGGUAUUCUGGAGCUAUUUGUGGACUGGCAUUAGUGUUUCUCUUUCCUGCUUUAGUCCACAUGAUGUCCCUGAGACAGGACGGGAGGCUCAGCUGGCUGUCAGCUUUUUUCCAUAGUUUCCUCAUCGUACUAGGCCUGGCUAAUGUAAUCGCACAAGUAUUUAUGUAAGAAGCGAUCAACCAGAUUAGACCUGAUAUGUUGGGGUUUUGUAAUAUUACUAAUCACACAAAACAGAUGCUUCCAAUUAGUGAAAAGAAGUUAUGAAAAAAAUAUCAUGCAAUCGAUACCUUUUGUUUUUGAUGUCUUUUGGGGGUUUAAACUAUAGAUUACUGCUGCUUCAGCUGAUCCUAGAACAGUCAGACCUCCCAUGAUUGGCUGAAACACCCCAGUAAACUUCAUUUUAAAGCAUCACUUGUAAAACAGUGUUUUACCACAGCUGCUAAGUGGCCGGGGUGCAGCUGCCUUGUCUCAGGGGUUCAUCUCGUUCUGCUCGACUUGCACCAGAACGCCACGUUGCUAUGGACAGUGCCUUCAGGGGGUUUGGUCAGAUCAGCGACUAUGAACACGAAACUUCAGUUCUCAUGAAUAAGUUAGCUUAAUUAUUAGUCUGCUGUUUAAUCCUAAUGAGCGUUCUGAUUAGGAAACAGUGUUAUAAAGAUGUUGGACUAUUUUGUAAAACAAGUUUUCAGAAAACCGUUUAUAGCUACACUGAUAAUUUGAUUUUACUGUUAUUGGAAAAGGGAACUGAGUAAUAAACUAGUAAUAAAUCA